AUGACAGCCUACGCGCGUGUGGGCGCCUGCACAGGAUCCAACAAAGGGAUCGGACUGGCCAUCAUCCGCCAACUCGCCCUCCAAUAUCCGCACUCUCCACUGAACACCGGCCCUUUACUCCUCUACCUGACCGCACGAAACGAAGAAAGGGGACAGGCUGCUCUUGAGUCAAUCAAGACAGACCCUCAGCUCGAACGUGCAAGAGCCUUGAGGAUUCAUGGCGGCCUCACCGACGUGAAAUUCCUUCCCCUGGACAUCGACAGCCAGCAGAGCAUCGAGGAGUUUGCAGGGAGGAUCAAACAAGAGCAUCCCGAUGGCAUAGAUUUCUUGAUCAACAAUGCCGGGAUUGCCAUGGACGGGUUUAAUGAAAACGUGGUCAGGAAGACCCUGGGCUGCAAUUAUUAUGGUACACUGGAGGCUACGCAGAAAUUGCUGCCACAUAUCAAGGAUGGCGGGAGACUGGUCAAUGUCGCGAGCGUGGCGGGCCGAUUAAGUUCCAAGUAUUCGAGCUCUGUUCGAUCUCGUUUCUUGUCAGCGAAAACACCAGAAGAAAUCACCCAACUCAUGGAAGAGUUUUCUGCUGCGGUGUCGAAUGGAACCUACCAAAAGAAUUGGCCAGGGGCUGCGUAUGCUGUCUCAAAAGCCGGUGUCAUCGGGAUGACGAAGACCAUCGCGGAGCAGAAUGCGCAAAAAGGUAGCAAAGUCUUGAUCAAUAGCUGCUGCCCAGGCUACGUCAACACGGACAUGACCAAAGGCAGAGGAGUGAAGACGCCAGAUAAAGGAGCGCAGACGCCUGUGUUGUUGGCCAUUGGGGAUAUCAGAGGCGCCAAUGGGCAAUUCUGGUCCGAUGAGAGGGUUUCCAGCUGGGAGUGA